GGUCACUCGCCUGCCGAUCAGUACUCAGAGACGCAGACGGCAAAAUCAUACAUUUACGAACACGCACGCACACACAUAUUAUAUCGGUUUUUUCUGUGUUCAACGUUCUUUUUUGGCAAGUAAUUGCAAAUGGCGCCUUAUAAAAAAUCAAAGCAAAAGCAGCAAAAAAUUCAAAAAGAACGGCUGAGGCAACAGCAAAAAUUGGAUUUAGCCGAAGGAUCAGUGAAUAUCCCCGACCAGGAUCGGAGUAGAAGUCAGGAUUUUUCUAUGAACUCUACGAAUUCCAGUGCUCUUCAGGAUCCUUUGCAGCAACAACCUCGGCCAGUGGAGACGGAAAAGCAGCAGAAAGCUCGAAAGGAACGGCUCAGGUACCAGAUGAAGCAGCUUGGCACGCCAUGUGAACCGGUAACAUUUUCCGAAGAAAUCACUAAACAGCUAGAUGAGCUUUACGAAAGCGAUGAUUUACCCGAUAUGGGGCUCAAGAGUGUAUGGAAGAGAAGACUGGGAAUUCCUAUGAAAAAACUUAACGACUGGUUGAAGCAGAAAGCUUUUGAAAAGUGUCAUGUUUCGGCGCAGACGGGCUCUUGUGAAUCUUCAAAGUCAAAUAGCCCAUCAGAAAGUACCAAAAGCAUGGGAUCAGCUGUUCUGAGCUCAUCGACGGAGCCACGAACUCCUGAGGAGAGCCAUUGUGCUCCAGAAAAGUCACCAGAAAGUACAGAAAAUGCCAGCCCGCUAAGCUCAUCAGCUGAGCCAGAAACUCCAGAGGAAACAAGUACAAGCAUGGUUCAAAUCCCAGAAAAUUUCAAAAACAAGCGUCUAUCUCAAGACCUCGUCGACAAGCUCCAGGAGCUGUUCCAGAUCAACGAGAUGCCCGGUCGAGAGAUCAGUGAACAGUGGGCGCAGCAGCUGGGGAUCUCACUAAAAACUCUAAACAACUGGAUGCAAAAGAAGCGAAGUCAAAAGUUACACCCAGAACAGGCUAAGCUCAAGAGUCAACGCUGGCAAGAAACGCGACGACUGAGGAGAGCCGGGCUGAAUCAGGAAAAAGUAGAAAAAGCCCUACCGUACUUGGAGGCAGCUUUCAAGAGAUGCCAAUUUGCCACCCAACAGACUAUGGCAGAGCUGAAGUUGAAUACGUCGUUGCAGAAAAGCCAGAUCAGACUAUGGUUCAGCAGACGGAGGAAGGCACCGGAUGCGACACAUGUGCCGGCGAUCGAGUCUGACAGUGAUGAUCUGGUCGAGCUACGAGCUCUUUUCAACGCUACCGAAGAGGACGAUGACUCGGAUAUUGAGAUCCUACGAGACACGAGGCAGGAGCAGGAGGAGUACCGGAAUCGACCGGAAGUCCGUGCGAUGAUCGAAAGGAUGUUUGGCGUUGGUGGAGGUGGAGGAUCUUUGGAUUCGGGUAUUCCUUUGCAGUAGCACAGCUGAUUUGAAAAUGUCAUUGUUUCCUUUUUUGUAAUAAAAUUGUUGAUUUUCAAU